AUGGACCAGUUGAAGACCAUCGUACCCGACGGGAAGUUUAUCGACGUUGCGUGUGACCUCCAGGAUUUCGAGAGUGUCCGGAAAGCCGCAGCCGAGAUCAAGUCCAAGUAUGAGAAGCUGUACUGCCUCUCCCUGAAUGCAGGCAUCAUGGCCACGCCAGACAGGGCAACCAAAGACGGCUAUGACACACAGAUGCAGACGAAUCACCUCUCGCACUUUCUGCUCGCAGCCGAGCUCUUCCCCUUGUUACAAGCCGAAGCCGAAGCCACCGGGGAUGCUCGCGUUGUGACUCACUCCAGUCUUGGACGUCUUCACACGGUGAAUAAAGGUUUGGAGGAGAAGUACUUCGGGAAGAACGGUGGCAACUUGGGCGGAGACUCAAUCAAGAUGAUGG